UCCAGACCGGGAUCACAUGACUAGAGUUCACAGGUCACAUGGCUGUAAUAUAUGUGGAUCACGUGACCGGAAGUACGAAACCAGCGGCUUGUAUAGUAUACGGCUUGUCCAAUUACGCACAUGCUAUGCUGGCUAACCUGGUCUGAUGCUGGUGAAACAAAGCAGCAAGAGAACGUCAUGACCUUGUGAGGCAGCUGACUGGAGGGUCCUCUUCAAGCUGGUGGCAUUGUACCACCUGGUGAGGGCUGGGCCUGCUCAUUAACACGGAUGGAAGACUCGGACGACGAUUUUACAGAACUCUGUGCCAAGUUACUGAAAAGGGUGAAGAAGAAGGGAUGGGAAGGAGGUCAAAAAGAAGUGAAAAGCACUGGAGAGGAGGAGUGCACACCCACCGUUAACAAAUCCAGGGAGAAGGGAAAGAAAGCGUCUGGGAAAAGCAGAGCCAAGCCUGGGGAGGAAGCAACUUCGAAGAAGGAGGACUUGGGAUCUUCAGCUGUGCCAGAAAAUGCUCAGGAUGUGCCUACAGGGGGCAUCCAGGGAGGGGAGGAGCAGAGAGGGACCCCCACCACUGGAGACGCUGGAGACGUUAGGGCACCCCCUCCUAGCAGGAGGGGGGAUGCGACUGGGAUCAGUAAAGACACAGGUUGCAGUGGGGCCGUGGGCCCCAGGAUAAAGGAUCUGAUUGUGCAAAGGAUGCAGCAGUUUAAGAGAACUUGCCCGGAGAGGAUGAGACACAAUCGAGCUGAGAUCAAGGAGGAGAAUAUUACCAAAGAGCAAACAGGGGAUGCGGUGGGCCUGUGCCUGCAGGGAGACGAGGCCCUGGCACGAGAGAUCCAGGGCAGCCUGCAGAGGGAGUCUCUCUUGGAGGGGGGGCAGGAGCUAGAAGGGCUUUUCUUCUGCCAGAUAUGCCAGAAAGACCUGUCUGCCAUGAACUCCACUCGCAGGACCCAGCACAUAAACAGGUGUUUGGAUGAGAGUGAAGGGAGCUCUGGCCCUGCAGUCUCCAGGAUCCCAGACUGCCCUAUCUGUGGGAAACACUUCUCCUCCUCCAAGAGCCGGGGGUCCCACCUGAAGCGCUGUGCCUCGGAGAUGGGGAUCCUGCCACAGGUGCUGCUGGAGGCUGUGCAGAGGCAGGCGGCUGAGUCGCAGAGCAGUGGCACAGCGGGCACCGAGGCCAGCGGGCACCCACCAGGUGGGCGCAGGAAGAGGAAAGGCUCGAACAACACAAGGAGGCCUGUGAAGAAACCAAAAACAAAGGCAGAGCCGCUGGAUGAGGACACGAUGAUCGCCAUGGCGAUGUCCCGGUCCAUGCAAGAGCAGGAGACACCAGGCGGGGCUGAGCUGGCUAGCAUGGCCCAGUCUGAGGGGGCUCUGCCCAUUCACUGGAAACCCAAAGCAGAUAAGCGGCGCCGUAAGAAUGGCCCGCCACCCCCUACCCCCCUGCUGCUGGUUCAGGACCCCCAGGCAGCCUUCACAAGGGUGCAGGAGCGGGCAGCUAUUCUGCUGCUCCGGGAGAGAGAGGACAUCCCCAGCACCCCCUCCCUCCCCAUUAGCAAGCUACCAGGGGGCCAAAAACCAGCACAGGGGGACACCAGCACACUGUGGGACCGGAGCGCCUUGUGGGACAAUAACCACUGCUCCCUGCAAUCAUUCUACACCCCAGCACUGGCCCCACCUAUUGAGCCAUGGAAACCAGCCCAGAGCAAAAGCGAGUCUGCAGUUGGCAGCUCAAGUGCAGAGUCCCAAACAACAGAUUGUGUUCCUCCAAGCCCCGCUCUCAUCGGAACGCAGACAGACCCCCUGGUCCGGCCCGAACCACACAGCCAGCCUGCCAGCCAGAACCCUCGAGGAAACCAGACCCUGUGUGACCUGAUGGAGCUGGCUGACGAAGGGCUUACACUUACCCAGUGGGGUCACAGAACUGACUGCAGAGAGGAGCACAGCGUGACACAGAGCACAAGUAAAGACGCAAUGUGCGGUGAUAUCCCACUCAGUGGGUUCGUCCCCUCUCCUGAGAACAGAAGUGUUGGACCAGUCUCACAUAACUCUGUGGCGCUGAGUAAGCUGGCCUCUGACCUUGGCGGGAUGGUAAAUAACCCCCAGCUGAGUGACGUUCAGUUCCAGACAGACUCUGGGGAGGUGCUCUUUGCUCACUCCUUUCUACUGUAUGCACGCUGCCCCCUGAUGGCUCAGGCAGUUCACGAUGAAGGAUUCUCGGUGGAAGAGGAUGGAAUCCCCAAGUCCAGACGUCUGCUGUUAAGUGAGAUGUCGGCAAAGGCAGUGAGUGCUUUCCUACAGUAUCUCUACACAGCACAUACCUCCAUCACAGCUGCCAUCGUUCCAGAACUGCUGGGUCUCGCUGUCAGGUUUGGAGUGGUUGAGCUGGUGGAACUGUGUGAAAGCUACACUGCAGGUGAAGGAAAUUCAACAGAAGAUGCCUGGGCAGGUUCGCAGGGGGAAGAAGAGGAAGGUGGAGAGGAAUGCAGAAAUCGUGACGAGACCUUACAGGAGCUCCUGCGCUCCAUGUGGGUGGACGAGGGGGAGGAAGACGCAGCAGGUUAUCUUGAAGUCAAGCCUGGAGCCCUGGAAGGUGGAGAAAAUGACGACCAAGAUAACAGGGUGGAUGACGAGGAGCUGGAGGAGAUCUACGAGUUUGCCGCCACGCAGAGGAAGGUGGCGGGAGAGUCUGAGGGAGACAGCAGGGAGGACUGUCCAAACACAGAAAGUGAAGAAGACCAGAAUGACCUCGGACAGGAUGAAGACUCCGGCCACCAGAGUGAUGGUAAAAAGCAACCGGAAGCUGUGUGUUGGUUGUCUUCCUCUGAGGAAGAGCAUAACAAGGGUAAUGCUAACCCAGAUGAGCUCAGUGGAAAAUUAGAAGUUAUUGCCCAUCCCAGUAAUGUUUUGUGCCCCAUCAAAGAGGGUUCAGAGAAUGAAGAAGAAGAAACUUUGGAAGACACAGACACUAGUGGGCGCAAGGAAAAGGGAAAUACAACAGAAAACAAAGAAACCUCCCUUUCUGCAGAAGAGAAAGACAGGGUCGUUUUAGCCACACCAGAGUCCAGUACUGAGCAAGACCCCAAUGUGAGCCUGGACAAGAGCUAUGAGAGGAUGUUCUCUGAGUCCUGGGAUGAUUUUAUGGAGCCAUCCCAGCAAAGCACAGAAAUGAGGGAACGAUGCAAAAUAGAACAGGCUAUUAAAAAAGAUGUUAAUCCAGUCAGCUCUGAGCAGUCCCCAGACAGCGACUCAUCAGUGAUUGAUCUCUCAGCCAGCCCCCCUUAUGAUUCUUGUGCUUCCUCUUUUCCCUUGGUGGGCAUGUCUCCCAAAUCCCAAAUCUUUUUGUGUACUUCCCCAGAAAUAUCAGCGGUUCCAGUACUGGGAGUCAGAAGCCCAGGAAAUAAUAUAACCUCCCUUAGCUCUCUUACUGAUCCUCAUGUGGAUACCAAGGUAGAUCAGGGUGGGACCCAAGAGAAUAAAAAUGCUGAAGACCGGCUGACUGAGUCAUUUCACAAACCUAAAGAGGAGUCUCCUAGAAAAGGCACUUCCUUUGGUUUGGGACAGUUGUGUCAUCUGACCCCUGAAAAAACAAACCAUCAGUCUAGAAGUUCACUUCUGUCCCACAUGGACCCCCACCAGCCCUCCCCUGUUUCCAAGCAAGCUGACGUCAUCAUUCUACUUGAUUCAGAUGAAGAAAUUGAGCUUGACCUAAAAGGCAAAGAGUCUAAAUCCUUCUCAAAAGAAGCAAAAGCUUCCUCAUUUGAGUGCUCUCAAAAGGAAAGGAAUGAGGCUGCUGAGCCAGAUGGGAUUGGAUCCAUGGGGCUGAAUAACUCUCUGGAUGGCCGUGGACUGAACCUCAGGCUGAGUAGCGGGAGUGACGUUGGCAAUGAAGAAAGCAUCAACAUGGAGACCUCAUGGAUGGUGCCAGGAACUCCUGCACCCUCCACCAGUGUGAGACAGGGAUCCACACAGAGUUUCCAGGAGAUGCAAGGAAUCGGAGCAAGAAUUAACCUGUUUUCCAAAUCUUAUACAAACGAACCUGGUCUGUUAAAACUGAACCGUUCAACCAAGAUAAGCCACAAGUCAACAGACUCCCAGAGCUCCUUAGAGAUCUCAGGGCUGAACAGGGCUAGCCAUUUCUCAAAACCUCCCAGCACAGAAGUCUUAAAACGUGACAGUUCUAACCAUUCAAAAAGGAAAAGACACAGUUCUGCUGGGUCACGAAGUUCCAUGGAUAUCACAGGCAGCAACGUCUUUUCGAAGGCUACCAGCUGCAGUCAGAUUGCUACACACAGUAGCCCUGAACCUAAGAGAGCCCAAGGAGCCAGUGUAACCAAGGUGUCCCCAAGGAGACAAAAGGAUGCAGGUAGCCCUGUAACUUCCAGUAGUUUUCUAGACCAGUCUUCCCCUGCAUUUGUAGCUCCUCCCAACCAGAUCAGACAGACUAACCUGUGUUCAAAUCCUACUAGUAGUGACUGUGCUCUCUCAAAAAAGGAAUCUCUUGAAACUUCAGCCAAGAUAAUUCAUGGGUCAACAGACUUGUACAAGAGCUCCUUGGAGGUUUCAGAGGUAAAAAGUUUUUCAAAUACCACCAACAACUUAAAACUUGACCUUUCUGAAUGUUCAACCAGGACAAAACAAAGCUCAACAGGGUCACAGAGUUCCCUGGAGAUCAAAGACAACAACCCGUUUUUGAAACCCAGCAGCAGCAGUCAAAUUUCUCUGGCAAAACACAGCAGUCUUGAACCUAAAAAAACUCAAGGAGACAGUGUAAUAUCAGUUCGUCCCAGCAGACACGAGAACGCAGAAAGUCCAGGUAAAGGACACAGCAGCUUCCAUGAUUCCUCUUUACCAGUACCUGCUGUCCCUGAUGCCCAGAUCACAGAUUUUGAUACUGGUGGAUUGCCUCUGGAUCCCACAGCAAUUCAGGAGGCCACGGUGGGAAGACAGCCUCUGAACAGUUCAGUCAUUGAGGUGGAGGACAGUGAGGGUGAAGAGACAAGCCCUCCGCAGGCUGCCGGGAGCUUCUGCCUGGAAGACGAGCCCCCCAUACCCUUCGACAACGAUGCUUGGGGUAUUCCUGGAUUCUACGAGCCAGAUCAGUGGAGCUCCCGAGGUUCAAGCCCUGUUGGGAAUGCGAGUGUUAGAUCAGCAGUCUCUCCGGGUGGAGGUAAGAAGAGGGAGGCUGUAACGCCUCUGAGACCUGCUCUCCCACAUAACGCAUCUUCACCGCUGCCGUGUUCCAUACCUGAUCCCCUCACUCAGGCUGGUCCUUCUGGAGCGGGCCAGCCCGGAUACACGGACUCCAACAUCUGGGAUGAUGAUGAUUGGGAAGAGGCCUCACCAGAGACCCUGCCUCUGUCACAAAGACUGUCUGCCGCAGCACCGGCUCAGCGUGUAAAACAGCUACGAACACCAGUAGCCCCUCGGAAGACAGCCCAAGGCCCUGUGGUGCCUAUCACUCCAAUGCCCACCUAUUCAGACAUGGACACCCCGGACCUGAAGACACGGCUCAAUAGGUAUGGAGUGCGGCCGCUGCCUAAGCGCCAGAUGAUCCUGAAAUUGAAGCAAAUCCAUCAGUACACACACCAGGUGGUCAGCUCUGACUCUGAAGGAGAGGUCCCUUCCUCCCAGCCUCUGCACAGCUCAGUACAGGCCAGUCUGACUCAGCCUAAACCAGCCUCCACCACAGCAGCAAGGAAGCGUAACGCUGCCUCCCAGCCCGUCGCACAUGCUCUGGGUCCUGGCCCUGCCUCUGUGCUGUCCCGGAGCAGCGAGAGGGUGGAUGGGCCCCCUCAGGAGGGGUUUAAGGAUCCAGCAGGGAGAAAGAAGCAGGGAGGGCAGCUCCAUGUGGAGGUGGAGGGGGGGAGCUCUGAUGAGACGGAGCCACUCUCAGCCUCCCAGCGCUCCACGGCUUCUUCAACGGCUGGCAGUGAGGACUCCUUCUCCUCCUCACAGAGGUCUAACCCGGAGGAGCUUGGAUCUUUGGGGGAUGAGGAGGAUGAGGAGGAUGGCGUGCCCUCCUCCCAGGCGGCCGCGCGGACGGCUGCUGCAGGCCGAUCUGAAGCAGGCAGGAAUCAGACUGGGGGCCAGCAAGCUGCUCGACUUCCUGGACUCCAACUGCAUCACCUUCACCACCGCCAAGCCACGUCAGGACUGCACAAGCAGGAGGGGCGGCAGGAGAGGUGGCAGGAGGGGCGGCAGGGGCGGCAGGAGAGGUGCGGGCAAGGGGGCCGGCUCAGGGAUUGGGCUGUCGUCGUGCACAGGCACUUAAAUGCUCCCGGAUCCCAUGUGGCAGGAUUGAAUUUACUUGACCAGUUUUCUAAGUUCCCUCUAGUUGAUUGUUGCAUCGUUCUGGUUUCCCUGAUAUGUUUGCAGUUCAGUAAUUUCAGUUAUUCUAAGAAUCGUCUAUGGGCUUAUCUUCAAACUGACAGCUUUAUGAAAUUUGGCAGUUACUGAGCCACAGCUAUUGCUUCUAGAUUUGCAAUUUCAGCAAAAAUAAAACCAUUAACCAGGCAUUAGUGUGUACACUGACAGGAAUUACUACUGUGAAAACCUAUGGUAUAGAAAAACAAACUAACACACUCCACGCUACUAAUGUACAGCUGUGGCCAAAAGUUUUGUAUCACCUGGAAUUUUAGGAUUGAGACAUCAUUUACAAAAAAAACUAUAUAAACAUAAUUUAGAUCUUUUAUUUAACAUCAUGUAAUCAAAGAAACUACAAAAUUAUAUCACAAAAGUUUACCAGAAGCCAUAAUAGUAGUACAAUAUUUCAUGUUAGAUUUUGAAAUGCCACAUUUUUCAAUUUUUGUCAGUUUUUCAUUAAGUAUGUAGAAAACUCGAAAGCGGUAUGUAAUUCAAUACGUUAACGUAACAUUAUUCAGCAGGUUUCAUUCGACUUCAUAAUGCAAAAUUCAUUAAUUAUAUAGGGCGAUGCAAAACUUUUGGCCAUAGCUGUAGUUUUGAUCAGUUUUUACUUUUCUAAUUUCCCUGGUAGCAUUGUGUAUGUUUGCUGUUUACUGCUUGUACUGUCAGUGCGGUUGCCUGUGUUAGUUUUCAGAUAGUCUUAAUAUUCCUGGUAGAAGGCACGCGCAUUAUUGAAUGCAACACUGUUGACUCAGGUCAGGUCAUGGUUUUGAUACCAUUUUGGGAAAAGUUUCCUAAUUUUUUUAAUUCUGUAUUGGGCAAACCAGCGGUUUAUAAGCAUUGAGGCUUGAGACACAAGGAGAUACUGUGUCUACUGACCAACAUUUACUUCUUGAAUGACUUAUUAAAUAUGCCAGCCAUCAGCAAAAUUUGGUGCUGCGGAUACCUGUCUGCAAGAAACUAAACUAUAAGACCAGCACAACUCUCCUGUCUUUGAAUUAAAGGCAGCGGAUAGAAAUUCCUUUCCGUCACUGCCAGCCAGGGCUGUAUUUGACCCAGUUACCCCCUUUUCCCCAUUGCACAUACCUGUACAUAAGCCAGCCAUACUGUAGUAGCUUCUAUUGCGUCUACCAUUGCAGUGCAUCGACUUAAUUUUGUGUCAGAUUGAUUAUACAGUUUUAAACAGAGUAACUAGAUGGAGUUUGUUUGUUCCUAAAACACAGUGUUGUUUUUAUAUUUUUUGUAGCCUGUACAUUCUGCCAGGCGAUUCUCAAAUCCAAGGGUCCCAGUUCAGUUUACUUUUGAAGCAAUACGGUUUUGGUAAAUUAUAAUUCUAAGUAAUUAACAGCGCAGAUGUGAAGCAGUAUUUUUUUGGGUUGAAUAUCCAGGUCGUUGAUGAUGUGUUAAUUCAACCAGAAUUCAUCUUUUCCUGCAUUCCGGAAGGGAUAAAUAACUUUUUGUGACUCGUUAGGCAGGAGAACUGUAGAUGACUGCUAUUUCAUCCUGAUUUUGACCCCUCUCAUAUUGAACCGUUGGUUUUUCCAUUUACUGAAAAUGUAAAAAGAGUCUUGCAACUUUGCAAUUGACAGACUUACAGUUAGAUAAACUGCAGUUAAUCUGAGAUCCCUGUUUGAAUUGUAUAAAUAAUCAACUGGAAGGAUGGUCUUAUUUGAUUUACGUGUGUGUGGUUUUUUUUUUUACCAACAUUUUUUACCAGCUAAAACAGUUCCUAUCUCUUUCUGCAUGUUGUACCAACUUUGUAUGAAGGUUUAUGAGCUGGACGCAAGCAGAGUCUAGGGUAGGACCUGUAAACUAAUCUCACCUCACAAUACUAAACUCGUGUGGACUUUUAAGCUUUGGUUUUGAAGCCUGGUGUUUAAGGCUCUCAUGUUAGUGUGAUUUUACAAUGACCUUUUCAUUAGUCUAGAUGUUUUAGUAUUAUUUUGUAUGGAAAAAAAACAACUUUUUUUUUACUAGAUAUGUUGAUGGAUUGUGUACAGUAAAUAUCAUCUUUCAUUAAAAUGUAAAGUUGUCAA